AUGGAGCAUCCCAAGACUGAUAUGGACACACCCUAUCCUGAGAGAGUUGUAGAGGUGGGCAGAGUGACUUUUGGAGAAGAGAACAGGAAGACGAUGACCAACACCUGUUUGAAAAGGACAGAGAAUUCUAAAAUCGUCCAAGCUAUCUGUGCACUGUUAAAUUCUGGAGGGGGUGUGAUUAAAGCAGAGAUUGAUGAUAAGACAUACAGUUACCAAUGCCAUGGGCUGGGACAGGAUCUGGAAACUUCUUUUCAAAAGCUUCUUCCUUCAGGUACACAAAAAUACCUUGAUUACAUGCAGCAGCAACACACUCUCCUGAUUUUUGUGAAGUCGUGGAGCCCAGGUACUUUCGGCCUCCCCCUAAGGAUCUGUAGCCUGCAGUCCCAUUUGUAUCAGAGAGAUGUGACUUCCAUUAUCAACUUGAAUGCCAGUAAUUCCCUGGAGCUUCUCAGAGAGAAGCAGGCCAGAGUCCAAAGAGGAAGACCAAGGGUGAGUGAACUGCCUUCUCAGAAAGCUCCUAAGAGGCAUAUCCAAGAAGAAGAAGAUAUGAAGACAUCUGCCUCCGAAUUCUUUAAAAAAGAUAAACUCAUGUAUAAGGAGAAACUCAGUUUCACUGAGUCAACCCAUGUUGAGUUAAAAAGAUUCACCACCAAAAAGAUUGUGUCUCGGAUGAAAGACAUGCUGCCUCGUUACGUUUCUGCAUUUGCCAACACUCAAGGGGGAUACCUAAUUAUUGGGGUAGAUGAUAAGAGCAAAGAAGUGUUUGGAUGUAAAAAGGAGAAAGUAAACCCUGGCUUACUGAAAAAAGAAAUUGAAAACUGCAUAGAAAAAUUGACCACAUUCCACUUCUGCUGUGAGAAGCCCAAGGUGAAUUUCACUACCAAAAUCUUGAAUGUGUAUCAAAAAGAUGUCCUACAUGGUUAUGUCUGUGUGGUACAAGUGGAGCCCUUCUGUUGUGUCGUGUUCGCAGAUGCCCCAGAUUCCUGGAUCAUGAGGAACAAUUCUGUCACAAGGUUGUCAGCUGAGCACUGGGUAGCUCUGAUGCUGGACAUUCCGUCAGCUCCUUCCAAUUUGCCUACAGACUACAGCUCUCAUCUGAUUUCACCAUCCUCAUCUGCACUCAGAAGCCCAGUAUGUCCCAUAAAAGUCCUAGAAUUUAAGGGGACUCUGCAACGGCGUUUGUUUCCAGUGACACGGGAGGAAAUACAAUUUAAACCAGAGUCUCUCUGCAGUAAGUUAUUCUCAGAUCACAAAGGACUGGAGGAAUUAAUGAAGACACAGAUAUAUCCUUGUUCUCAGGGGAUUGUAAUAUUUUCUAGAAGCUGGGCUGGUGAUAUGGGCUUGAAGGAAGAGCAGAAUGUGCUGUGUGAUGCUCUCCUAAUAGCAGUUAAUAGCCCCCCAAUACUCUAUACACUUUUAGCAGACACCAGGUGGACUGAAGGACUGGAAUAUGUCCGUAACACUGCCCAUCAGUUAAAGCAAAAUCUCGAAAAUGUUGGUGGUUACACAGGAAAACUGUGUGUCAUUCCAAGGCUGAUGCACCUGCCCCUUAUACAGGGCAUUCCUGAUGAAACCCCUGUGCACUACCCCCAAUCCUACAGGCUUAUGGAUAAGUCUGAAAUGGAAGACUUGUUGCAGGCCCUUGUGGUGGUCUCCUUGUGCUCAAGAUCUCUUCUGAGUGACCAGCUGGGCUGUGAAUUUUUCAACUUGCUCAUAGAAGAACAGUGUGAGCUGCUUGCAGAAAGUCUUCAGGAGACACGAGAGCUGUUUAUCCACUGCUUUCCAGGGACCAGGAAAACAGCCCUAGCCAUAAAGACUGUGGAGAAGAUUAAGAACUUGUUCCACUGCACACCAAAAGAGAUCCUCUAUGUUUGUGAAAAUGACCCCUUAAAGGAUUUUGUGAGCCAACAAACCACCUGCCAAGCAGUGACACGUAAAACCUUCAUGCAAGGAGAAUUCCUAAAGAUUAAACACAUAGUGAUGGAUGAAACUGAGAAUUUCUGCAGUAAAUAUGGUGAUUGGUACAUGAAGGCUAAGAAUAUCACCCAUCCAAAGCUGAGAGGGGCUGGGUGUGAAAAUCUUCACUGUGGGAUUCUCUGGCUUUUCCUGGAUCCUUUCCAAGUCUAUAAUGCAGAUGUCAAUGGCCUUCCUCCUCCCUCAGCUCAGUUUCCUCGAAAAACAAUCACUAAGGGGAUCCAUUGUGCUCUGGAAAUAGCAAAGGUCAUGAAAGAAGAAAUGAAGAGGAUCAAAGAAAAUACUCACUUCAACAUGUUUCCAGAGGCAUUGGCAUCAUUCACGGAAGCUGCCUAUGAGGAAGCAAUAUGUGCCCAGGCUCUGUUGGGGGUGUGUGAGACAGAGACUCACAUGUCAGAAGAGCAAAUAGUGAGCCGCGUGGCAGAAAGAUGCCACAGCCUGUUCCAACGUGGCUAUCUGCCCAAAGAUAUAGCAAUUCUGUGCAAGAGAGAAGAGGAUAGGCAACGGUAUAAAGCUGCACUACUAAAGGCAAUGGAGACCUACCGAGCAACAAAAGUUGUGUUUCACCGGGCUACUGGUGUUGGGGGAAGUCACAUUGUUCUAGACAGUAUUCAGCAGUUUUCAGGCCUGGAGAGGAAUAUUGUGUUUGGGAUUAGUCCAGAAUGUGCCCCGUCAGAGAGAUUUCACAAACUUUGCUUUGCCUCCAGAGCCAUUAAACACCUCUACCUGUUUUAUGAAAAGAGAGCAGCCUUUUGA